GCGAGUAUAAUAGAUUACAACUUUUGCUUCAAAAAACCGAAUAGUCAGAAUUCAGAUCAGAAUUAUUUUUCAAAUACCAUUGUAAGUUGUAUUCUUUAAGUUCUAGUGAUUAAUUAGAAAGAAAGAUAAAUAAGUGAAAUGGCAGAUUUACAUGAAAACGGUGAUCAGAUGCAACAAGAUGAUGGAUACAAUGGACAAGAUAUGGAUCAUCAAAAUGGAGGUGGAGAUUCCUCAGAAAUUGGACGUGACGAUGAUAGAAAGUUGUUUGUCGGUGGAUUGAGCUGGGAGACGACAGAAAAGGAAUUACGCGAUCAUUUCGGUCAAUAUGGCGAAAUUGACAGCAUUAACGUUAAGACCGAUCCUACAACAGGCCGCUCACGAGGAUUUGCUUUCAUAGUUUACAAAGCUGCAGAGUCAAUUGACAAAGUUGUCGCUGCCGGUGAACACAUAAUCAACAACAAAAAAGUUGAUCCAAAGAAGGCAAAAGCAAGAACUGGAAAGAUUUUCGUUGGUGGAUUAAUUCCUGAAAUAAGUGACGAUGAGAUUAGAGCCUAUUUUGCACAAUUCGGAAAUAUUGUGGAAAUGGAAAUGCCAUUUGAUAAGCAAAAGAAUCAACGUAAAGCCUUCUGCUUUAUAACUUUCGACUCGGAAACAGUUGUAAAUGAGCUGUUAAAGACUCCAAAGCAAACAAUUAGUGGUAAGGAAGUUGAUGUAAAGAAAGCCACACCGAAACCAGAUAAUGCUCCAAUGAUGGGAGGUAUGCGUGGUGGAAGUGGUGGACGUAAUAUGCGUGGAGGACGAGGAGGCCGACAAUUCCAGGGUGGAAAUUGGGGCGGCAAUUACAGUAGUGGUGGACCAUAUCAGAGUGGUGGUGGUAGUUGGAAUCAAGGAAAUUGGGGAAGCAAUUACGAUAACUAUCAGGGUGGAUAUGGUGGUCCAAUGGACGGCUACUACGGAAACUAUGAUUCAGGCUAUGGAAACUACGGAAGUGGUGGCAAUUACGACAAUUAUGAUGGAAAUUAUGGUUUCAAUGGCGGUUACCGACAAGGAGGAAGAAGUAGUAGAGGUAUUUGUCAAUCAAAAUACACAAAAAUCAAGUCCAAAUCUUAGUUAAAGAAAUCUUUAAUUUUUUAAAACAUCCUGUCCUGUCGAAACUUUUUAAUUUUUUUAAAAAUGCAUAAUUUUUAUAAUUUCUUUAAUGCUUAUCUAUCAAAAUUGUGUCUUUAUGUAAUCAGCCAGUGUCGAUACGCCAAAAUUGAACACUUAAUUUGUUAUUUAGAGACUCGUACCGACUCUGGAUGCAAAAAUGAAGAAAAAUUAAUUCGGAAUUUUUUUUGAACUUAAAGAGAAAAAAAAGCAUGUCCAAGAAAUUGUUUGCAUAGAUGUUUAUAGUUUGGGGACAUUUUGUCAAAAUUUCAAGCAUAAUUUUGACAAAAUUUUCCUAAAAUCCAAAGUUAAAAUUCACAAACAAUUUCGCACAAAUCUUUAUUUAACUUUUAUUUCCUCUGUUUUUUUAUAUGACUUAUUAUAGGAGGUGGCAACUAUCAAGGUGGAAAGCAAAGAGGUGGAGGACGCCAACAAAGACAUCAACCAUACUAAAUCCAUUAAAAACCACAGAAAUAAUAGUUCAUCUCAUCAUUACAAUAAAAGAAAAUCCUUAUUUGUAUUUUUUUUGAGUAUAAGAUACAUACAAAAAACCAUUUAAUAUCGUUCAGUGUCUUCGAUGAAAAAGAAUAUUUUGAUUGGAUAAUUCGAUUUGAUAGUAAAUAUUAUAAUAAUAAUUUUCAUUCACCAAAAAAAAAGUAGAAAAACAACAAAAAACAAAAACAAAUCACAUAAAAAGAAAGAUAAUAAAUAUAAUUAAAUAAAAAUACACCCGACGACCGACCAUUAUGAAGAGAAUUACUCAAUGAAAUGAGGAAAUUUAAUUAACAUUAUUUGAGAACAUGAUUCAUUCCACAAAACCAGAAACACCGUCGACACACAACUCUUUCAUUAUUUUUUUAAAACAUUAAAUGCGUAAAUUGAUAAAAGAAAUCUUUUUGGCUGAUAUGAAUGUCCGAAGAUAUCAGAAUUUGAUGAUAAAAAAAUUGUGAAUUUAAUUAAAAUUUUCUCUUUUCUUUAAAUUGUCCCCACUGACUGGAUUUUUAUUAUUAUUAUUUUCUCUUUUCUUUUUGUUUUGAAUAAUUUUUUUUUGUGAAAUAUUUUGUAUUUAUGAUGAUAUUUAGACAGAUUUACAUAAUUAUAUAAUGGGAAAAAAACAAUCAAUGAAAUUAGAAUGAACGCUGAAAUAUCUUUAACAUUCAAAGACCUCGAUAUUUAAGAUCUAUCUUCAUAAAAUUAAUAAGCUCUAAUGAUAAAAUUUUUGACUUUUUUUCAAAUACAAAACUUUCCUUUUUUUUCUUUUUUUGUUUCUUAAUUUUUUCAAUAAUUAAUUUAACUUUACACACAAACAGACACAGAAGAUGCGAUUUUUUUCUGACUUAUUUUUUUUUGUUCUCAUCCAGAAAAACUUUAAAAGAAUGAAGAAAAAAAAAACACAAAUAUAAAAAAAAUAUCUAGUAAUUUAAAGAAUAGAAUUAAUUCACGAUGGUAACUUUUUAAAAUAAUAAUGAAUAAAAAAGUGAAAAGUAACUAUUUUUAAUCAUUUCUAAACAAAAAAAUAAAAAAUUUAUUAAUAAGAAUUUAAAAAAAAUACAACUCUUAAGAUUAAAGAAUGUAAUAAACAAAAAAAAUGGACAUAAUAACCGUAUCUUGCAUUUUCUUGGUUCAAUUUUAAGACAAAUUUAACAUGUUUCUAUGUGUUUAUCUCAUUAAUUAAUCUACAACUCAUAAAUAUCAAUGAUGAUAAAAGAAGGAAAUAAAGAAAAAAUAUUAAUAUUUAGUUUUGUGUACUUAGUGAAUAAAUGAAGUUUAAUCGAAUUUUUAUUAUUUUUUUGAUUUUAUUUUUCCGACCGAAAAGUAAAUCCAUCAAAUGCAUGUUAAAUAACGUGAAAAAAAAAACAAUUUAAAUAAAAAAAAUCUUUUUUUUUCAAAACAAAAAGGACUGAGCUGGUUUUGUCUAUUUUCAGAUUUUGAAAUUGAUUUAAAGAAUUUGAACUUGAACUUGAUUAUAAUUAAUAUUUUCAGGCUAUGGGGCCGUUCACUAAUUACGUUCGCAUUUUAGGGGGGGGGGGGGGGGGGGGGGGCGGUUGAAAUUCACGAAAUAAAUUUGUUUACAAAUUCACACCAAAAACAUUUUUUUAAAUUUUGAAAAAAGUCGUUUUUUUCCAUAACGUAAUAAAAGAACCCCAUGUUAUAUUCUAUUUACUAUUACUUUCACAGAAUGACUGAUAUCAAUCACUACGAAAUUAUCUGACGGGCAUUUUUCAAAAAAGAACAAUAAAUUUCCUGGAAUUUCUAUUUUUCUUUUCUAGCU